CGCGAAAGUGAUCACUUCAUAAUAAAUUAAAGAGCCAAUCAAAGUCAAAAUUUGCAUAAUUCAAUCAAGACAAUUAAAUCAAAGACAAUGGACCGAACAAACUCGCCUAAAGCCACUGAAAUGAUUGAAUUUACGAGCCAUUUGGAGACUGAAGUUUGGCCAUCAAUCACAAAAGAAACUGACGGAUUUGUGGAGCUAAAGGAAUUGAAGGAAGCACUUGAUCAAGUCGGAUUUAAAUUACCAGGCUAUCAAGUUCGCUUGAUGAUUGAGGAAUUUGGCAAUAAGCAUAAGUUAAAGACACCAGGCAAACUUAACUACAAUGAGUUUGAAAAGAUUUGUGUUGACCUUAAAGCAAAAGAAGUUGCGAGUACAUUUAAGCAAGUUGUAUCGAAAAAAGAGAAUCUUGAGACAUUGGGUGGUAUGUCGGAUUCGUCAGCAGCCGGAACUACUCAUUCGGUGCGACUUGAAGAACAAAUUUCAUUUAGCGAAUGGAUAAACAGUAAUUUAUUGAACGAUCAAGAUUUGAAGCAUUUAUUGCCAAUUGAUCCGGAAGGCAAGGCUUUAUAUGAUAAAAUAAAGGACGGAAUCUUAUUGUGUAAGCUGAUUAAUCACUCAUGUCCCGAUACGAUAGAUGAGAGAGCAAUUAACAAAAAGAACUUGACUGUUUAUACAAAAUUUGAGAACCUUACAUUGGCUCUAGUCUCAUCAUCAGCAAUUGGGUGUAAUAUUAUCAACAUUGAUGCACAUGACUUGGCAAAAGGAAAGCCUCAUCUUGUUCUUGGUCUUUUAUGGCAAAUUAUUCGCGUUGGAUUAUUUAGUCACAUUACACUUGACUCAUGUCCCGGACUCGCGACUCUUAUUAAUGACGAUGAGCGUCUUGAAGAUUUAAUGAAGUUAUCACCUGAAGCAAUCCUGUUACGUUGGGUAAAUCAUCAUUUGGAACGCGCUGGAGUACAACGUCGUUGUACAAACUUUACUACUGACAUUAGUGAUUCGGAAAUUUAUUCGUACUUGUUGAAGCAAAUUGCACCACCGGAUGCUGGAGUCACAAUGGAAGCCAUUCACGAGCCACAUUUAGUACAUCGUGCCGAAACAAUGUUACAGCAAGCUGCAAAAUUGAAUUGCAGAAGUUUUGUUACUCCACAAGACGUCGUCAACGGCGUUUAUAAAUUGAACCUGGCAUUCGUUGCUAAUUUAUUCAAUAAUCAUCCAGGACUCGAUCAGCCCGAUCAAAUUGAGGGAUUAGAAGCAAUUGAGGAGACACGCGAAGAGAAGACUUAUAGGAAUUGGAUGAACUCAAUGGGUGUGAAGCCAUACGUAAAUUGGCUAUAUUCUGAUUUGGCUGAUGGACUUGUCAUUUUCCAACUUUUUGACAUCAUUAAACCAGGCUCCGUGAACUGGCAACGGGUGCAUUCACGAUUUAGUCCACUAAGGAAAUUUAUGGAGAAGCUUGAGAACUGCAACUAUGCUGUCGAGUUGGGAAAACAACAGAAAUUUUCACUUGUUGGCAUUGCUGGGCAAGAUAUCAGCGAUGGAAAUGCCACUUUAACAUUAGCACUCAUUUGGCAAUUGAUGCGAGCAUACACUCUAUCGGUAUUAUCACAGUUAGCAAAUACAGGCAGUUCCGCAGUCGAGAAAGAAAUUGUGAGCUGGGUCAAUAAAAAAUUACAAGCUGCUGGCAAGGAAUCAGCAAUAAAAAGUUUCCAAGACUCAUCAAUCAGUAAUGCAAAGGUUGUACUCGAUCUUAUUGACGCUAUAAAACCAGGAAGUAUUAAUUAUGAACUUGUAGUCGAAGGCAAGGAAUAUGAGGAAAAAUUCACGAAUGCAAAGUAUGCAAUAUCAAUGGCAAGAAAGAUUGGCGCUCGAGUCUAUGCACUUCCAGAAGACAUAACAGAAGUAAAGCCAAAAAUGGUCAUGACAGUCUUUGCAUGCUUAAUGGCUCUUGAUUACGUACCAAAUGUCGAUAGCGUUCCAUCAUCAGAGCCUAUCGUUGUUACUGCAACAUCAAACGGCUCAAAUGGCGUUAGUGAUCUUUAAAAAGUAUAAGUGUGUGUGUUUAACAUGAUAAUAUAUAUAUUAACUUACUAUAUAUGAGUAAAGUAAAACAAAAAGUCAAAUGAAGCCAUUUUUAUAUCAUUUUAAAUGUUUGAUUUGUGUAUUGGAAGUAAUUGAGUAACCGUAGGCUAGAUUAAGUGAAAAUCGACAUCCAUUUUUCGUCUCUGUCACGAUAUACGGGUUGAAGUAUAUCGAAAAAAAAUUAAAUAUAAUAUAAUAUUGCAAUAUAAUCAUAAAAUAAUAUUGUUUUAGUCAAUGAAGAGAUAAAAAAAUUAGAGUUUUUUUAAUUUUCUUUUCUUUUCUGUUAGAAAGGCUUUUGUUGUUGCGCGUAUUUCUUGUGAAUUAGCCUAUAUUAUUAAUUAAUUAAUUAUUAUUAUUGUGCGUAGCUUGUUUUUAACUAUAAAUGAACUCUUUAGUAAGAAUUUUUCCAGUUUUCCAGCUUAAAGUUGUGUGAAACAUGAAAUUUUUUGUAUUUCUUCUUCCUCAUUUUUAAAAUAAAUGUAUGUAAUUGGGCUUUUGUGCUUCCUAGUUAAAGAAAAAUUGAAAAAUGAAGUAUGUGAAACAUUUCUUAUAUUGAUUUUAAAACAUAAUUGUGGGAACCAGAGUUGCUUAACACCAGUUUUUUAGGUCAAUUGCAUUUGUUUAAUUUUUAACGGAUUUUUCAAAUUUGAAUAAUUUUCUCAACACAUAUUUUUCAAAUUAAAAAUAACCGUUAGAAUAGACAACUCUGAAAGUAUUACAAAUCAUGAGAAAUGCAUGAAAUGUUGCCAAGUGAUUUGGUGAAAUGAAAAUAGAGCAUUAAUGCACCAAGUAUGAAAAAGUAUUCAACAUUAUUUAUAACAAAAUAAUACAAAUUAUUAUACAAGACAAGAAGAAAUGUAGAGUAUUGCAAAAGACGACACAAGUGCCAUUGUAAGUUGCGGCUGGAAUGUAGAACAAAAUGAAGUUUAAUUAACAUUCCUUAAUUAUAUUUGUGUGCAAUUUUUUGUUUUCAAUUAGUUUUAAAACUAUCGUAAUUCUAAUUCGGUUCCAUUCGUGUUCUAAGGACAAAAGCAAAGGAAUUGAUAAAAAAAAAUCACAGAAUAACGGAUGGAGCCGAUGAUAAAGUAACAUUUGACGUCAUUAAACUACAUAUAUUAUGUAAAGCAAAAUUAUCUUAAUCAAGGCAUUAAACUCCUUAUUUCAAAUAUGUACUAGUAUUCGAGUAACUUUUAAUCUAAACUUUUAAAAAUAUUCUCCAGUUAUGCUGCAUGAUACCUAAUAAAAAAACAAACUACAACAACUUAUAAACUAG